AAACUCCUAAGCACUGGGAGUCUUAAUUACAUCCCGGUGUCUUACACGGAAAUUAGAGUUAUACCUAACACUGACUGGCGGUAUUUAUUUAUUUAUUUCUGAUAUGUAUUACUAGAAGAAAAGCCUUCAAUUUCCAAGGAACCGGCUUUUCCUGCAGUUUGCCGCCCGCCUGCCGCUUUAACCGCAGGCCCGGCUCCGAGCGGGUGACGUCACCCCGCACGGCUGGGUUUGUUUACGGGCAGGGAAGCCUUCAUGGUGAGCUGCAGCGCUGAGGAGAGCAAGACCGGCGAUAUUCACAGGAUAAAAACAGCGAGGCAUCCCCGGGAAGAAAGGAACUUACACCGCUGCGAUUUUGAUUCGUGCAUUAAACAAAAAAACACACAAAAAGCUUUCUUUGCUGGGCAGGAGUCUGGACCCGGACCUCCGUCGUUGUCGUGUUUUGAGUGAAACGCAACAGGAAACGCCGCGGCGAGAUGUGACCCGUUUUUGUUUUAGACCAGAAAGCCGGAUGAUGUGCUUUGAGAAGGGGGCUCGUACUGCCAGAGACGCGUGGAUCCAGCGAGCAGCUCGCCCACGCCAGGAGCCGCCGCGUCCGGCUGCUUGUUUUUGUCGGAGGGCAGUAAGAGAUGUCUUGUGAUGUGCACGGCCAGCGCAGCAGCUUCCUCGAUCGGAUGCCAGCCGGUGUGUGAUUGCUUCAGACCGAGCCUGCUGAGCGAUUGGAAGCGCAAGUUGUAUUUUGAUAUCCUUAUCUCGCCGGAGUUGCACAAUAAUCGUAACAGUCUGCUGUGAAGCGACUCUAUACAGUAUAGACCCUCACCGUGUGUGCGUCGGGACAAGACUUGCUCGGAAAAUUACAAAUCACGGCGAUGUGGAGUAGGAAAUCGCGACACAAGGCAGAGCAGCCGGCGGAGACUUCUCUUCGCAGUUGGCCGGUUAUGUGGCUCUGUCUGGCGCUGGCAACGACUGUCCCUAGUGUCGGGGCCACCAAGACCGUCAUACAAAAAGAUGCCAACUUCGAUGUCAGCUACAACGACAGCGUCACCGACGAGCUACAGUGCGUCUAUGCCUUUAACCACACCGUGUCCAGGAACAAGACGGAGGGCGUGCGUGUCUCUGUCAACGUGCUGUCGAAUGGUGUGGAGAACCCCAUCCUGUUUGUGGUCCGGCAGAAACAAGCUGUCGUCUCCUUCCAGGUGCCUCUCAUCCUGCGUGGGCUUUACCAGCGGAAGUACGCUUACCAGGAUGUGGCGCGCACGCUGUGCCAGCCGCCCACACACAGAGAGGUGGAGAUGCAGUUCUUCUACGUGGACGUGUCCACACUGUCCCCUCUCAACAUCUCCUACCAGCUGAGAGUGAGCCGCGUGGACAGCUUCGUCCUGCUGACUGACAAGCUGUUCAAUUUCAUCGCCAACCCAGCCCAGCCCCAGUAUUUCAAGUACGUGUUCCCAGAGGGAGUGGACUCCGUCAUUGUGAAGGUGGACUCGCAGUCAGCCUUCCCCUGCUCUGUCAUGUCAAUACAGGAUAUCCUGUGCCCCGUCUAUGAUCUGGACAACAACGUGGCUUUCCUGGGAAUGUACCAGACCAUGACCAAGAAAGCAGCGAUCACCGUGCAGAGGAAGGAUUUCCCCACCAACAGUUUCUACGUGGUGGUGGUCGUGAAGACGGAGGAUGAGGCGUGUGGCGGCCCGCUGCACUUCUACCCCCUGCAGCCAGAUAUGCUGAUUAACCCUGGAAACCGCAGCAAAGUGCUGGAUGUGGUUGUGACUCCCGCCAUCAAAUCGGAGGUCUAUGUGAUGGGCAUGCUGUUCUGUCUGGGAAUCUUCCUGUCUUUCUACCUGCUGACGUUCCUGACUGCAUGCCUGCAGAACAAACGGAUGCAAAAGAGGAGGGAGGGGCUUCUAAACACUCCACAUGCAUCGCCUGCGGAAACAGCCUCCCUGCUAGGGAAAGGCCUGACCCCGGGAUCCCUCUGCGAGGGAUACAACUAUGGCUCCUUCGAGAACGGCUCCCUGACUUCAGAGGCCAUCACUGACAGCUUGGCGUCGGGGGACACCAGCUACCUGGUAGGACUGGACCACUUCAAAAGGAGGUUUAACUCUCUGCCGCUUCGACACCAGGACAUCGAACGUUCCCUGGACAGCAUGGCGGGACGCAUGCGGCAGGAGUCUCUGAGCUCCGUGGAGGAGGACGAGUACGACACGCUGGCCGACAUCGACUCGGACAAGAACGUCAUCCGCACCAAGAAGUACCUGUAUGUCUCUGAUCUGGCCCGCAAGGACAAGAGGAUCCUGAGCAAGAAAUACCAAAUCUACUUCUGGAACAUUGCAACCAUUGCAGUUUUCUAUGCGCUGCCUGUCAUUCAGCUGGUGAUAACCUAUCAGACGGUAGUGAAUGUGACAGGAAACCAAGAUAUCUGCUACUACAACUUCCUGUGUGCGCAUCCACUAGGAGCACUGAGUGCCUUCAACAACAUCCUGAGUAACCUGGGCUACGUCAUGCUGGGGCUGCUGUUCCUCCUCAUCGUGCUACAGAAAGACAUUCUCCACAAGAGGGCGCUGAUGCGCAAAGAGCUGGCUGCACUGGAGUGUGGGAUCCCGAAGCACUUUGGUCUGUUCUAUGCCAUGGGCACGGCUCUGAUGAUGGAGGGGCUGCUCAGUGCCUGCUACCACGUCUGCCCCAACUACACCAACUUCCAGUUCGACACCUCAUUCAUGUAUAUGAUCGCUGGGCUCUGCAUGCUGAAGCUCUAUGAGAAGAGACACCCCGAUAUCAAUGCCAGCGCCUACAGUGCCUACGCUUGCCUGGCUGUGGUCAUCUUCUUCUCCGUGCUGGGCGUGGUCUUUGGGAAAGGGAACUCUGUGUUCUGGAUCGUGUUCUCUGUCAUUCACAUCCUGGCCACCCUGCUGCUCAGCACUCAGCUCUACUACAUGGGCCGCUGGAAACUGGACUCUGGUAUCCUGCGCAGGAUCCUGUACGUUGUGUACACAGACUGUAUCCGGCAGUGCAGUGGACCCAUGUACAUUGACCGCAUGGUGCUGCUGGUGAUGGGGAACAUUGUCAACUGGUCCCUGGCAGCGUUUGGCCUGAUCGUUCGACCCAACGACUUUGCCUCCUACCUCCUGGCCAUCGGGAUCUGUAACCUGCUGCUGUACUUCGCCUUCUACAUCAUCAUGAAGCUGCGCAGUGGUGAGCGGAUUCAGCUCAUUCCCUCUCUCUGUAUCCUCUUCACUGCUGUGGUCUGGGGCUUCGCGCUUUUCUUCUUCUUCCAGGGACUCAGCACCUGGCAGAAAACCCCGGCGGAGUCACGGGAGCACAACCGCGAGUGCAUCCUGCUCGGCUUCUUCGACGACCACGACAUCUGGCACUUCCUGUCCUCCAUCGCCAUGUUCGGCUCCUUCCUGGUCCUCCUCACCCUGGAUGAUGACCUGGACUGUGUCCAGAGAGAUAAGAUCUAUGCGUUUUGAUGGGGUAGCUCCUGGGUGCUGCCUCCAAGUGCUGCUGCUGCCGUACCAGCCAAUCAGAGCCUCCCUGUGAGGAGAGGGGGGCCGGACAGCCAAUCGGAGCCUGUCUGCAAGGACAAGGCCCCUCCCCCUAUUGUUCAACUGGACGCUCGCUGUGCCAAUGAAAAGACUGCAUUCCUCUGGGGCCUUUUCUGGGGAUUGAAAUGAAGCCACUGUUGGUUACAGCGGGCCCCUCCCUGCCCACUCCCAGAGUGUUUUGACGAGUGCCACAGUCACAGUCACAGUUCAUGCCUUGUUCACGCACAGCCUCUGACCUGGCUGUUUCAGUGCUGCUCAGUACGCAGUCCCCCUCCUCUAACUCUGCAUUAUUAACCCUGCUGGGCUGCCCCUGCCCCGGUACCAGCAAGCAGCACUGAAACAACAUGCUGCUGGAUCAUGAUUCCAAAUCACCUGGGCUCAAAUCGGACAGGUUCAGGAUGGUGAGAGCAGGCUGACUGAAAGGGCCAGCUGUGUGUACCGGUGGGGUCGUGUCCGCUCCAUGGCCCAGCUGUACUCUCUACCUUACUGUCUGGAACAGAGUCCUGCCUCCACUGUCUGCAUGAACCCCCCGAGAGGGGUCUGGCCACUGCAUUAGGAACGGGGUCUCUCCUACGGCAGUGGCCACACCUCUAUCAUUGCGUCGCGAAGUCUGUGCUCCGGGCCGGGCGGCUGUGACCUGCGUUCACUGGGACCCCAAAGGAGGGGCUGCAGCUCCACACUUAGCUGCUGCUGUUGCUCUCUGAUCUUUGCUUUCGCCGUUUAUUUUGUUCUGAGAAGGUUUUUCUCUCUUUGUUUUUUGCUGUUGCGGAAGCCGUGCACAGGGGCUGGCUCUGUUUGGCUGUUUGCUUGCUGCUGGGUUUAAAAUGCUAAACCGUCCUGUCCCGUUCACAAACAUCUAGUUUUAUUUUUUGCUGCAGAAAUCACUGCAGACCUUGAUAACGACCCCCUUUCUUUACUGUCUCCAUGUGCUGCUGUGAGUCUGGCCAAGAAAAUAUCUUGCAGCAAACUUGCUUGUGUGUGUUUAAUAUUGGAGAGAAAGCGGGGUGCAGUGGGAGCCUCGCCCCCUCCCUGACGGCACAUUUUCACAGGGCUUUGUGCUGUGUUCUUUUCUCAAUGAAGAGGAAUAAGCACAGUUUUUGUAGUUUUGAGAGCCCUUUCUGAUGGGAGCGGUUAGUAACAGCACAGCUUGUGUUUCGUUUCUGUUGUCACUUUGCUUGUGUUGCAUUCUCAUACACUGCACUUAAUUCAUUGCUGCACAUCAGAACUCUCUGCACUGUCUCAGCGUGUCUGGCUGCAGAGCUCAGGGCUUACAUUGCCUUAGCACUGGCCUCUUCUGUAGACUACCUGCCACACCAUUGUCCAGGCAUGAAAACCUGCUGAUCUGUCUCGCUGCCUCCUGCAAAGAGAGUGGAAAUCGACCUCUGUCCAAGUGUGCUUUGGUCUCCAUGCAAGUGCUCUCAGUCCUGGUUUACAAGCUGCUGAGGAGCAGAUGAAGUUAGUAAAGAGAAGUAUUUGUUUAAUUAUCGGAUCUGUUCAGUAAACUGCAUCAACAAACACACACACAAUCCUGUACAAAGUGAGGGCCUGUCUCACACAUUGCUUUCCAGGGAUCCCUACCGCUGGGGGAGUCUCAAGCUCGCAGUAAACGCAUUCGACACACGAGGGCACAAUUCAAGCGUCCUUGCAUAUCAGUUUGGUCCAUUUCAUGUUUUGCUGCAAGCCGUAAUCAUUUCAAACGUCCUGUUCAGCUCAGGGCCGUCCAGCUCGGCUCACGUUAAAAGCGGGCGUCACUCAAACUGCCGCACCGUGGGAUUCCUAAACGAUGCCCUGCACACAGUGGCACGGCCCUCGCCCCAGUGCGAUCCCUGCGGUCCUCUGCUGUGAUCGGCCCUGGUUUACUUCAGCAGUGUUUCAGUUUCGGCAGGGUUCCUGCUCAGCGGUUGUGAAGUGAGCUCUCGUUGCUGUUGUUUCAUAAACGGUUUGAUUCGUUACCAAUGUUUCGUGGCCUUUAUAAAUGUGUUGAAGAAUAAAUAGGUGUUUCUGUAAAAAAAAAAAAAAAAAAAAAAAGUAUUGUAACAAACAGUGAUGCUAAUGGCGAAAUAAACAAUAAAUGCAUUUCAUGUUUAAUAAAGUCUGAAGAUAGAGAUGUGCUGGAAAAAAUAAACUGGGUGGAGAACUCGAUUAAAAGCUG